CGCGUGCACGCAUUCACACCGCCGUGACCGAGAGACGAACGGCGAGCAGCGCGAGACCGCCGCGGAGGAAUGAUGGACAACACCGACACGAGCUCACCACAGAUGGAUGGGGUGGUGAAGUUGGACUCUAUGAUGGAGCAGCUUCAGCGUCAGCAGCAUGCGCGUCUGGAGAUGCAGCACAAGGAGCGUCUGUUGCGUGAAGCUCACAUCUUGUACGCGCAGCAGGUCGCAGCGCAGCAGGCCAUACUGGUGGCCGCCCGGGCGUCUGGAGCCGGCUUCAUGAGCGCGGGCACUUCAGGACCCCUGGGACCCCCGCUUCCGUCUCAGGUCUCCAAUCAGAGCAGUGUGGACUCAGAGCGCGAGGAUGAACGGGGCAGAGACUCGGGUGAUGAAGACAGUGAGGAAGAUGAGCUGCCACCCGGAGCGCUGGACUUUCUCAGGAAUCAGGCUCUUGUGCUACAGCGAGGGGCCGGGGGUCCGUUUGGAAACUUAGCCGAGGCCAGAGCCGCCCAGAGAGCCCCGUCACCCCCUGUCAGGGUGAAAGAAGAGCCCGAGGACGAGCUGUCACACGCAGAGCACCCGGACACGUCCUCUCCGAACGGCCGCUCGGACUGGAGCUAUGAGCAACAUUUUAAAGUGAAUGGUGAUGUGUCCUGGUCAGAUGAUGUAGAAAACAUUCGAGGGAGGGCUGAAUCCUCCAGAGAUUUUGCAAAGUUGUACGAGUUAGACAGUGAUCCCAGGAGAAAAGAGUUUCUGGAUGAUCUCUUCACCUUCAUGCAGAAGAGAGGGACUCCAGUGAACAGAAUUCCCAUCAUGGCGAAGCAGGUGCUGGAUCUCUACAUGCUUUAUAAACUGGUGACUGAGAAGGGAGGACUGGUGGAGGUUAUAAACAAGAAGAUCUGGAGAGAGAUUACUAGGGGUCUCAACCUGCCCACCUCCAUCACCAGUGCCGCUUUCACACUCCGAACACAAUACAUGAAGUAUCUUUACCCGUUUGAGUGUGAGCGGAAAGCUCUGAGUUCUCCCACCGAGCUUCAGACGGCCAUCGACAGCAACCGGCGUGAGGGCCGUCGACCCAGCUACUGUAACAGCCUGUUCCGCUUUAGCCCCUCCCCCAGCCCCGCCCCUCACAUCCUGUCCCCACCCACGAUGCAUCUGUCAGCUCUGAGUAUGGGGGCCGCGGGGACGUCUCCGGGGUCGACUCUGAAGAAGGGACUCGAGGACGCUGUUCCCUCUCUGUUGGCCGGCCGAUCGUCCCUGGCUCUGGCUCUGGGUCAGCAGCAGUCGGGUCUGGCGCGAGCCGCCAUGCUGGAGCAGCUCAGAGAGAAACUGGAGACGGAAACACCCGAGAGAAAGAUGCUACGACUGGCCGAGGAGCAGCAGAGGCGUCUGCAUCAAGCCCUUCAGCAGAACCUGCUCGCCAUGACGUCACACAUACCCAUGAACCUGCGCCUGCCAGCUCCGCCCCACGUGGAUGAGAAGCGUGAUCUGGCCAUCAGCAUUUCUUCUUCUGGAGCUGCUGGCAUCAGCAUGUCUGUGGAGGUCAACGGCGUUAUUUACUCAGGAACUCUGUUUGCACAGAAGUCAUCAGCCACGGCUGUGAAUGUGUGUCUUGGUGCUACAGCGCCGCCUUCUGGACCCACUGGGGUGUUUAACUUUCCUAUCCCCGCCCCCGGCCAAAGCCCCGCCUCCUCUUCUUCCUCUAAGGGGCGGAGCACCAGCGGCUCCCCAUAACCGAUCUGAUUCACCGCCCGCCCACUACCUCACUUCUCCUGUCAGCUUUGACUCUCCAACACAUUAUAAACACACCUGUGAUUCGGAAAGUGCACAGACAGACACACAAACUCACAGACGCCAAAACUCACCGAACAGAUGAUUUCCAUGCGUCUGUUGUGUUUGUGUGUCAGACCGAAUGUGUUCAAUGCUCAAUACAAUCACAACAUUGAGCCAAACGCUGACUUAAAGAUUGUUAUUCAGAUAAAGUUUGUGUGUGCGUUUUGCAAUUUAUUGUCUCUUAGUUUUUCGUUUUAAGAUGUUUUUUUAUAUAUACCUCAACAUAUCAAGUGAAUCUCACCUCGUGAGCUUUUGAUGAAUGAGUUAUUAAGUAGUCAGAUUUGAUUUGAUUCAGGAAGACGCGGUGCGGUCACUUAGUGUUCUAUGCAUUCAGGUGUCUGUCCACCUGCUGACGCUGAGAUCAGACUCACUGAGGCCGCCAUCCUUUCAGAAACCUCAGGAAUCAUGGACGUUUUUCUCAUAAUAUCAGACCAUCGGUGUCGCUGUGUGUCUCAGACCUUUGACGUCUGUCAGAUGUUCGGUGGAUCUCAUAAAAACAUUUCACCUCAAACUCAACUUCACAGGGAUAUUAUAUUGUGUGUUUCAUUAGUAGUCAAUAAUGUCACCACGUACAGAUUCUCUACAAUAUAAAUCAUAAAGCAAUACUUUAUCAUCUCAGUUAUGAGAAUGUGAAAAGAUCUGUAAAAAUAGUGGUAAAUGAGUCGUUUCGAUGUCAUUUUGUGGUGAAAUGUGAAUGUUGUCAUGAGGCUCAGCCAUCAGAGCAGAACGUGAAGCUCAUGAAAGGUUGAGUGAUGUGAUUUAUCACAUGAGUUUUACUGGCUCUCGUGUUGUUCGUUUUUGUUUGUUUUAUAUACCGUAUGGCCAGUAAAUGCAGAUGGAUGCUUCUGUCAGGUCCUGAUGUUUUGAUUUUUGCUCUUCACAUGUGAACACCUCUCGCUCUCGCGCGUUCAUGAGAGAAAUGUGAUGAUUUGCAUUUGUACAAUCAGAUGUUUUAACCCGCUCACCUUAAACAAGCCAAACCAAACUGAACCUGCCUUGUGUUUUUAUGCGGCUAGUUUUCCAAAGAUCAUCACAGACGCGCCGUUAAACUGGUGUUGAUUUCAGACAUUGAUGUUCAGGUGGACGGAGGGUUUGUGACUUCGCGGGAAAAUGUCUGAUGAUGUCAUCAGUCAGGUGACCAAGCAAUGAUGACUGUAUGCCUUCCAGACACUUCAGGUCUUUAAACGGCACGUGUGUUUGUCUGCUGCCGUCCGCGAGAGUGUGAAGUGUUGUGUAGUGUUCUUGUCGUUUUUGCCCAGAGGACAAAUAUCUCAACAAGACACGUGUACUUGAGAACUACAUUGACAUUACAUGUAUUCAUUCGGCAGACGCGUUUAUCCAAAGCCGCUUACAAGUAGGAGAGCAUAUAAAUGUUUUGUCAACACGCUAAACCGUACAAAAUGACGUAUUUACAGAUACAAUUAUAUGUUUUGCUUUUUGAGUGAGCUUGUACUAAAAACCUUUUAUAGAAUACUUCAUAAUAACAUUUAUUUCAAAACAAUAUAGAACCAACUUUAAAGCAUUCAUUUUGUCAUUUUGCUUCUCAACUUGAUUUAAGAAAAGGACAAAAAUACUGAAAAGAGACGUUUUUUGCUGACCAGGAUGCUAGAAAAAACGUUUAACAUGUCAUCUCUCUCUCUCGCUUUUCCUAAGAGACGAACCUUUGUGUAGUACACUGAGAUGUUCUCGUGUGGUUUAUAUCACUGAACUGAAACUGAUGUUCAGCAUUACAGUAAUGAGAAUGGGUGGGAAUGUUGAAAGCAAACAUUAUUAUGUUGACGUUAUUAUGUCCUUUUCUUUGUGCAGAUGCCUUAAUUUUCUUUUGACUUUGAGGUGAAAACGUGCGUCUGUGUAAGAGUCCAGAUGUUUGUUUUUUAAAUGAUUUACAUGAUUGUCUGUGUUUGAUCUCUAGAUGGCGCUGAUGUCAUUCUGCUGUUAAAUCUGAUGUUGAUGUGAAAGCAAUCAGUUGUGUUGUUAUGUGUGUUUCACUCAGGAAGUCAGUGAGAGUUUUCUCUUCAGAUUAUUCUUCAUUACCUCAUUUCACUUCAGUUUUGUUCUUUUCUGUUUUUUGUUAAGAGAUGUACAGAUCAUCACUGAAUACAUGUACAGUGGCCUUGUGCAUAUGUUUGUACGGUUAUAAUGUUAUGAUGACCACAACAUUACUGAUAUUCUAAAAACAAUGGUGUGAUGUGAAUGUGACACAUGGAGUUUUGUUGGCAGCUCUCGGGGCUUUACACAUGUACGGGAAGAUAAAGUUGUGUAUCUUAUUCUGUGAGCUUGACUCUGUGUUUGUU